GCUGAGGGCGGGCCUUAGCUAGAGCUCAGUCAACUACCCUCUCCCUUGAAGAAAUUAAAGCGCACAGCAGCAUCGACAACAACAACAAAAACAACGUGAGACAAAUUCUUGCAAACUUUAUCUGACCGGUAAAAGUAAGUAAUGGAAGAGAUUGCACGUUAGUAGUAAAAUAUUUUUAUUUUCUUAUAUGUACCUAGACAUGUUUUUCAAAAAAAAAUGUCUACUAACGUUAGAUAGGUAAUGUAGCUAACUUCAGAGCGAGUCACUGUUAACGUUAGCUAGCUAGCUAACUAUAUUGGUAAAAUGGCUUAAUCUCUAGAUGUAAAAUAUACUUGCUAUAGGAUUACUCAUGUAACUAUAAUGUAAAAUAUGUUUCACACUAGCUAAUGUUAGCUAGUUAUGUAUUCUGAUGGCUAGCAGCGUUAGCAUCUUCAGCAUAAAUGCUAGCGCUGGGUGGGAUGAGUUAGCAGCGCGUUAGGCGGGAAGCAAAUGGUGGGCCCAUUGUUCUGAACGAGCUAGCAUGCUAGGUGGGUAACGGCGGCAGCCGACGUUAGCUAGCUAACUAGGCUAACCUUACUGCAAACCCUAUACACUCUAUUCUGCACACUGCCUGGUCUGCAAUCCAUCACACAUACUAGCCCAACUUUAGUUGCCGUUACAAUAGUUAGCUAGCUAACUAUCCAUUUGUACUUUUUGACGACGUUUUAUCCGACGUGGGGCCUAACUAGUUAUCCACUUUAGCUAGAUGCAUGAUGAAUUUGCAAAAAAAAAGAAGGUUAUUCUUGUCGUAAAUAUAUAUUUUCUUCCGUUUAUCAGUCAGUCGUGUCGCCAUGGUGAAAGGGGACGUUAACAAGCCAAAGGGCAAGACGUCAGCCUACGCCUUCUUCGUCCAGACCUGCCGUGAAGAACACAAGAGGAAACACCCCGAGCAGUCGGUCAACUUCUCAGAGUUCUCCAAGCAGUGUUCCGAGAGAUGGAGGGUACAUGUUAAUACACACACGUUAGACAUGGACACCUGAGACACAUCACAAGGUGUUAUACCACUGUCUUUUAUAUAGGUGUUACAAUAAUUGUGUGUGUGUGUGUGUAAUAAAGUUAUAAUGUAGAGUGUAAUAAGUGUGUUAUAACUGUGUAGGCUCUGACUGCGAAUGAUAAGCGUCGUUUUGAGGAUAUGGCGAAGAACGACAAGGUGCGUUAUGAGAGGGACAUGAGGGGGUACGUCCCCCCCAAGGGGAUGGCCAAGAGUGGUAGGAAGAAGAAGGACCCCAACGCUCCCAAACGACCCCCGUGAGUCACACACACCUCCUACUGUACACACAGACUAUGGGGUGUACAUAAACUACAUGACCAAAAGUAUGUGGACACCUGCUCAUCGAACAUCUGAUUCCAAAAUCAUGGGCAUUAAUAUGGAGUUGGUCCCCCCUUUGCUGCUAUAACAGCCUCCAUUCUUCUGGGAAGGCUUCCCACUGUUGGUACAUUGCUGCAGGGGACUAGUGUGGUCGGGGCACUGAUGUUGGGCGAUUAGGCCUGGCUCGCAGUCGGCGUUCCAAUUCAUUCCAAAGGUGUUCGAUGGGGUUGAGGUCAGGACUCUGUGCAGGCCAGUCAAGUUCUUCCACACUGAUCUCGACAAACCAUUUCUGAAUUGACCUCCCUUUGUACACGGGGGCAUUGUCAUGCUGAAACAGGAAAGGUCCUUCCCCAAACUGUUGCCACAAAGUUAAGCACAGAGUCGUCUAGAAUGUCAUUGUAUGCUGUAGCGUUAAGAUUUCCCUUCACUGGAACUAAGGGGCCUAACCCGAACCAUGAAAAACAGCUCCAGACCAUUAUUCCUCCUCCCAUCAAACUUUACAGUUGGCACUAUGCAUUGGGGCAGGUAGCAUUCUCCUGGCAUCCGUCAAACCCAGAUUCGUCCGUCGGGCUGCCAGGUGGAGAAGCGUGAUUCAUCACUCCAGAGAACACGUUUCCACUGCUCCAGAGUCCAAUGGCGGCGAGCUUUACACCACUCCAGCCUACGCUUGGCAUUGUGCAUGGUGAUCUUAGGCUUGUGUGCGGCUGCUCGGCCAUGGAAACCCAUUUCAUGAAGCUCCCGACAAAUAGUUAUUGUGCUGAUGUUGCUUCCAAAGGCAGUUUGGAACUCGGUAGUGAGUGUUGCAACCGAGGACAGACGAUUUUACCACUUCACAAUAACAGCAAUUACAGUUGACCUGGGGCAGAAAUUUGACUAACUGACUUGUUGGAAAGGUGGCAUCCUAUGACGGUGCCACGUUGAAAGUCACUGAGCUUUUCAGUAAGGCUGUUCUACUGCCAAUGUUUGUCUGUGGAGAUUGCAUGGAGGUGUGCUCGAUUUUAUACACCCGUCAGCAACGGGUGUGGCUGCAAUAGCCAAAUCCACUAAUUUGAAGGGGUGUCCACAUACUUUUGUGUGUGUGUGUGUGUGUGUUCUAAACAUGUAUCACAUACACACUGGACUAUUUACACGCACACACAUGACCUGCUUCCCUCUAACCCUCCAUCACACAUGACCUGCUUCCUCUAACCCUCCAUCACACAUGACCUGCUUCCCUCUAACCCUCCAUCACACAUGACCUGCUUCCCUCUAACCCUCCUCCCUCCAUCACACAUGACCUGCUUCCCUCUAACCCUCCAUCACACAUGACCUGCUUCCCUCUAACCCUCCAUCACACAUGACCUGCUUCCCUCUAACCCUCCAUCACACAUGACCUGCUUCCCUCUAACCCUCCAUCACACAUGACCUGCUUCCUCUAACCCCCUCAACCCCUCCAUCACACAUGACCUGCUUCCCUCUAACCCUCCAUCACACAUGACCUGCUUCCCUCUAACCCUCCAUCACACAUGACCUGCUUCCCUCUAACCCUCCCCUCAACACAUGACCUGCUUCCCUCUAACCCUCAUCACACAUGACCUGCUUCCCUCUAACCCGCCUCCUCAUCACACAUGACCUGUUUCCCUCUAACCCUCCUCCCUCCAUCACACAUGACCUGUUUCCUCUACCCCAACCCUCCCUCCUCCAUCACACAUGACCUGUUUCCCUCUAACCCUCCAUCACACAUGACCUGCUUCCCUCUAACCCUCCUCCCUCCAUCACACAUGACCUGUUUCCCUCUAACCCUCCAUCACACAUGACCUGCUUCCCUCUAACCCUCCUCCCUCCAUCACACAUGACCUGCUUCCCUCUAACCCUCCAUCACACAUGACCUGCUUCCCUCUAACCCUCCUCCCUCCAUCAACACAUGACCUGCUUCCCUCUAACCCUCCAUCACACAUGACCUGCUUCCCUCCCUCCACCAUGACCUCUCCCCUCCCUCCAUCACACAUGACCUGCUUCCCUCUAACCCCCUCCAUCACACAUGACCUGGCUUCCCUCUAACCCUCCUCCUCCAUCACACAUGACCUGUUUCCCUCUAACCUCCUCCUCCAUCACACAUGACCUGUUUCCCUCUAAACCCUCCAUCACACAUGACCUGUUUCUCUCUAACCCUCCUCCCUCCAUCACACAUGACCUGUUUCUCUCUAACCCUCCUCCCUCCAUCACACAUGACCUGCUUUCCUCUCUAACCCUCCAUCACACAUGACCUGUCUUCCCUCUAACCCUCCUCCCUCCAUCACACAUGACCUGUUCCCUCUAACCCUCCAUCACACAUGACCUGCUUCCCUCUAACCCUCCUCCCUCCAUCACACAUGACCUGCUUCCCUCUAACCCUCCCAUCACACAUGACCUGCUUCCUCUCUAACCCUCCUCCCUCCAUCACACAUGACCUGCUUUCCCUCUAACCUCCUCCUCCAUCACACAUACCUGUUCUCUACCUCUCCCUCCUCAACAGACCUGCUUUCCUCAACCCUCCAUCACACAUGACCUGCUUCCCUCUAACCCUCCAUCACACAUGACCUGCUUCCUCUAACCCUCCUCCCUCCAUCACACAUGACCUGCUUCCCUCUAACCCUCCAUCACACAUGACCUGCUUCCCUCUAACCCUCCAUCACACAUGACCUGCUUCCCUCUAACCCUCCAUCACACAUGACCUGCUUCCCUCUAACCCUCCUCCCUCCAUCACACAUGACCUGCUUCCCUCUAACCCUCCUCCCUCCAUCACACAUGACCUGUUUCUCUCUAACCCUCCUCCCUCCAUCACACAUGACCUGCUUCCCUCUAACCCUCCAUCACACAUGACCUGCUUCCCUCUAACCCCUCCAUCACACAUGACCUGCUUUCCCUCUAACCCUCCAUCACACAUGACCUGCUUCCCUCUAACCCUCCUCCAUCACCAUGACCUGCUUCCCUCCUCCCUCCAUGACCUGCUUCCCUCCUCCCUCCAUCACACAUGACCUGCUUCCCUCAACCCUCCAUCCCAUGACCUGCUUCCCUCUAACUCCUCCAUGACCGCUUCUCAACUCCUCACACCAUGACCUGUUUCCCUCUAACCCUCCUCCCUCCAUGACCUGCUUCCCUUGACCUCUCUCCUCCCUCAUAUCCCUCAACCCUCCCUCCAUGACCUGCUUCCCUCCUCCCUCCUCCCUCCAUGACCUGUUUCUCUCUAACCCUCCUCCCUCCCUCUAUCCAUCAGGUCUGCCUUCUUUGUGUUCUCUGCAGAGUUCCGUCCUACGGUCAAACAGGAGUUCCCAGGUACACUGAUGAUGAUUAUGAUGAUAGUAUUACUAACAGGAGGUCCCAGGUACACUGAUGAUGAUGAUAUGAUGAUAGUAUUACUAACAGGAGGUCCCAGGUACACUGAUGAUGAUUAUGAUGAUAGUAUUACUAACAGGAGGUCCCAGGUACACUGAUGAUGAUGAUGAGAUAG